UUUCCCCGGCACGCUGAGUGAACUGUAUCAACAGUAACAGUGUUCAACCUAACAGUGAACUCGACGUAUUCUGAAGCAGUAACAUCAACGCUGUCCCAGUAACAGCAGUGGUGGUUACAGUAAUAACAGUGGUGGUCACAGUAAUAACAGUGGUCACAGUAACAGCAGUGGUGGUCACAGUAAUAACUGGUCACAGUAACAGCAGUGGUCACAGUAACUGGUGGUCACAGUAACAACAGUGGUGGUCACAGUAACAGCAGUGGUCACAGUAACUGGUGGUCACAGUAACAACAGUGGUGGUCACAGUAACUGGUGGUCACAGUAACAACAGUGGUGGUCACAGUAACAGCAGUGGUGGUCACAGUAACAAUAAUGGUAGACACAGCAGCAGCAGCAGCAGUUCAAAUGUCGUCAUACAGUCAGUCGUCAGAACACAUGGAGAAACGCCGUUGUUAUUACUUAAAGCGAGUGUUGUGCAGUAAUAACCAGCACUCAGUCAUCCCCUUCAAGAAACACGAGGUGUUAAUUGGACGGUCACCAGAGGCCACCUACAUAAUUCCUGACCAUCUCAUAUCACGGAGGCAUGCUUUCUUCAGAUUCACCAAUCAUCGAUGGACUGUUACCAAUCUUAGUCUCAAUGGGGUAUUUGUGAAUGAUGUACCUAUUGCCAAGGAAGUGGAGCAUGAACUGAGUGUUGGUGCAAAAAUACAGAUUGGCCAGCCAGCAACAUUUGUUUUUGAAUUUCGGGUAAAAGAGGUCAAUGUAAGAAUAGAAAGCUCUUCACAGGAAAGCAACAUAAGAAUAAAGUCUGAGGGAAAAAGUGUACAGAUUAACCUUACUCAAGAGCAUGCAGUACUCGAAGAGCAGCUGAAAAAGAGUGAUGCCUUGCAGGCAAGAUUGCAACAAGAGAGAGACCAUCUGCGUACUUCACUACAUCAGCAACAAGAACAAUUACAAGAGAGAUAUCAACGUGAAAGAGAAGAGUUGGAAAUGCAGUUCACUGCUGGUGCUCUUGCCCAGCAGGCACUGUUGGAAGAGAAGGAAGCUCUUGCUCAGAGAUUAAAGAUGCAGGUCAAAAAAUUAAAGGUCAUUUUGGAAGAAGAACGUAAAACGCUGGAGGAAAGGUUACGAAAAGAAGAGGAGCAGAGAAAUCACAUUCUCCAAGAGAAGGGAAAAUUGCUUCCCCGCUUGCAAGAGGAAAAAGCUAACCUUGAGGUAAAAUUACAAAAACGCCAGUGCCUUCAGGAGCAGCUUAAAGCUACGAAGUAUAGAGGGGGAAAGUUAAGCAAGCAGAUAGAAGCUAAAGAGUCUGCUAUCCGUGUGAUGGAGGCAGAUCAGGAACAAGCAGAACAAGAGAAAGAGAAACUAAAAGAAGAAUUAGUUCAGGAAAGACUUAAACUUGAGGAAGAACUUGAAAAUGUCAAGAAAGAACUAGCUGAAAAAGAGAUCACAAAUGUCCUUCUUGAUUUUGAACUUAAAGAGAAGGAAAAAGAGUUGCACAAAAAAUUGUCAACAUUGGAAAGUGGAAUGGAAGAAAGAGUGACGGAAGAAGUGAAGAAGUCUACAGCCUUAGUGCAUGAGAAGGCUAUGAAAGAUUUGCAACAAGUACUUGAAGACAAGAGAAAACUAGAACAACAGUUGCAACGUACUCAAGCACAGGACCACGAAGAGUUGGUCUCAUUACAUGAAGCUUUACAAACACUGGAGGCACAGAAGAUGUCCCUAGAACAAGAGCUUGCGUCAACAGCUGUAGCUUCAGAGCACGCAAGGAAAGAAGUGGUAGAAUCAGUCUCUGAUGUUGUUGAAAAUGAAUUCCAGUGCCCUAUCUGCAGUGAGCUCUUCAUUACUGCCAUAAUGUUGAACUGCAGCCACACAUUCUGUCAGCACUGCAUUGACCAGUGGAAAAAAAACAAAAAAGACUGCCCAAACUGCCGUACUCGCAUUACAUCUGAGACACGAUCUCUUGUGGUGGAUAAUUUUAUUGACAAGAUUGUGCCAACUUUAUCUGAAGACUUGAAGAAGAAGAGAGCAGAGAUUGUAGCAGAGAGAAAAGCUGCUGUUGAUGCAGCACAAGCCCAGGCAGCAGCAGCAGAAACAGGAAGAGGUAGAGGUCGGGGAAGAAGAAGAGGACGAGGAGGAAAUCGAAAUUUGUGGAGGGACGAACCACAACCAGCUGUUGAAAGAGCUAGCAGGCCCCAUGAAGUGCAAGGAAUGUCUGGUCCAUCAGCUGAAAAUAAUGAAGCUGGUAGAUUUGUCAGAAAUUCAUUUGUAACUUACAGAGAUGGAACAUCUCAUGGGUUUCCCAUCAUUUACCCACAUCAAAGAAACCAGAGACCUCGAACAGCUGGACCACCUUUUCAAGGUAAUAGAGGGUCAGGUAGUCUGGAUGAUCCGAUUGUAGUUGAAUCUAAUGAACCACUCUCAACUUCCAGCUCAAGGCAGAUAGAAGAUCAGUCACAGGAAGGACACAACCAGCCCGAGUUGAAUCAACUCGCUGGAGCAUCUCAUGCAUUAAACCCUGUUCUCCAAGGAAGUGAUAACAGUACAUCAGUUUCUCAAACAACGGAAACAGAGUUCUCAGAAGCAAUUUCAGUAAGCAGCAAUACUGAUACCACUGAUACCAGCAUCAAUUCAGAUUCAUCAUCAAUAUCUGGGGAUGAAGGCAUUUACUAUGGAGGUUAUGGGCGAUGUUUCACUUGCGGUCGUCGUGGUCACUGGGCCAAUGGGUGCCCUGAUAGAUGGUAUUAA